AUGUCGAUGCAGAAGGCCAAGGCGUACGCGGUGGAGGGUCUCGAGGAGGGCGGCGACGAUCCCAAGACCGCGCAGGAUGUGGUGCACGCGCUCUAUGCGAAGUAUAAGAAGAACGUGAGUACCCGGACGGACUACGUGGCGCUCUUCUCCUUCCUGGUGUUUGUCGCCUUCUACCUCAGCAUCCUCUUUUUGCAGCGCAAGGCUGAGGAGGCGUACUCGCUCACUUCGACGCUGACCGCGGCGAUCAUCCCGGGCGCCAAGACGAUGGGGAGCAAGAACGACGUGCUGAACUGGAUCGAUAGCGUGGUGACGACGUCGUGGGUCGAGCCGCAGUGCGGCGACGGCCGGUGCGAGGCGCCGUUCGAGUUUCCCGAGUACGGCCGCUUUGGCUGCAAGGCGGAUUGCAACAUAAUCAACUCGAAGAUGAACAUCACGAAGAUUCAGAUCGAUCUCUACUACAACUUCUCGCACCCGAAGGGCUCCGUGUCGCCGAUCGACCUGAUGAACGACGCCAAGUGGAACCUGUGCCCCCUCGAGAUGGAUGAGAACAUCGGGCCCAAGAAGAUCUUUCACGGCGCGGAUUGCUAUUACGAGGAGGAUCAGGGGUUUGAGGACCAGGUCGGGCACAUAAUCCGACAGAUCGACGACGUGCCCGACGGGGACUGGACGAUCGUCGUCAAGAAGGACAUAUUUCUCAAGGUGGCUGGCGCGGUCCGUCCCAGGGUGAACGUCACGAAGGAGGCGACGCACAAGCGCCUGUUGAUGGCGGCGCACUACGCGCAGACGUACAGGAAGAUCGAACUCGACAAGUACAACAAAAUCCUCUCCGACCUCGCGGAGACCAACGCCACGCACGCGCACGACAAGAUAAACAUCACGUUCCUGGUGGACUCGCAAAACUAUAACAACACGUGGAAGAGCGAGCGCGACGGGUGGAAUAAGACGCUGCAAGCCGAGUUGACAAAGGAGGCGAAUGCGGCGAACUCCAGUAACGCGACGCUGGUUGCCCUCAUGGAAGGUAACCUCGCCAACUCGACGAACACGAAAGAGGAGGCGAUGAUCUGGAGGCAGAAAUACCGGGUGAACAACGACACGAUGGUCGACUGGGCGUUGCGAGCCAACGGGUACUGCCAGACAAACUUCCCGGAUCUGAUGAACUCGACGCGGUACAAGUACGGGUUCAACCACAGCAACGCGUGGACCGCCAACUUCUCCAACACCGGCAUCGCCCUCGGGAACACGUACCCGGACGACAACUUGUUCAACGUGUCGAUGAUGACCAACACCACGUGCAGGUGCGUCCCCGUCGCCGGCAUCGACGAGUGCUUCUGCUACGAAGCCGGGCUCUCCGACGUCUUCAGCGCCACCGAAGGGACGUGCGACAAGUGCGAGAAGGCUAAGGAGCUCGCGUGCGCGGAGACCAUGCGGUGGAUCAUGCGGAUGUGGGACAGCCGACUGAAGACCGCGUUCACGCAAAACGUCAACCUGCGAACCGACGCCAAGAAGGACGCGGAUGACGAUUUCGAGCUGGUGAAGAGCUGGCUCAGCUCGGAGUCGCCGGUGACGUUUUUCGAGAUUAACCAGAUCAAGGGAACCGACCCGAAGAAGCUCGAGGAAGCGAGCCUCGACACGCUCAAAGACGACAACGUCAUCAACGAGUACAAUCUGGACCCGGCCGCGGCCGCGGUCGUCGCGGCGAGGCAGGCGGACUUGGUCUACAAGGAUCCGCUCAUCGACCUCAUCACCGCGAGGCGCAACGGGCUCGCGGAUCCCAAGAUUUCCACGCCCAUCUUCAAGUAUCCCGCGCUCUACCCCUUCAACUUCACGCAGAUCAACGCGACCGCGGUGAAGUACGUCGCCCCUCUGUUCCCCGGGUACGAUCUCACGGCGGAGGUUGACUUGGACCUGGUGGAGUUCAACCCGGCGGUGCUCGAGAGAAAGGAUUACGCGUUUAUGACUUGCAACCUGGAGGACCGCGCGGAUUCCUACGCGGGCCAGUGCACGAACGUGAAGAAGUACCUCGAGGACGCCACCGCGGGCGUCAUUUCGACGCCGGUGGUGAUCAACCCGGAGAAUCCCACCGCCCCUAAGGAGCCCGUGUUGAAGCAGUUUCGGUUCCAGAAGCUGUGCCAUUCGAUCUGCUACUGCGGCCGCCAGGGUUGCAACAGAAAGGGGUGGGACCCCGCGGAUACUCCCGUGAGUAACAUCGUGGAUGUCGACGGCGACCUGUGCGUCUGCGAGAUGUGCCUCAAGCCGGCGCAGUACGAUUACGUGGACUAUCCCCUCGCGAGCACCAAGCCCGAGGAGACCAGCACGUGCAAGGCUGUCGCGUCCAGGCGUAAGCUGCUGCAGGAGGGGGCGCAGGUUGCCGAGUCGGUCCGUCCGCACUUCCACAAGUCGCACCACGACAUGCACAGGACCCGCGCGAACGUGUUUGGCAGGAGGCACCUCCUCCAAGAGAGCGCCGACGAUAAGCUGACCACCAUUCUGGAUUCGGUCAAGGCGCUGUCAACCACGCAGACGGCGCUUGACACGAAAAUCGAGCAGGUGAAGACCUCGCAGCAGCUCCAGGCGCAGGAGGCGGCCGAUCACCACGCGGACAACUCCCUCGAGACCAUCAUCAAGGCGGGAUUCGAUGACAUGAAGCGCGGCCAGGAUGCUCUCGGCGCGUCGCUCGAGGAGAUUCUCGCCAAGCAGCAGCAGGCGCUCGCCGCGGCGCAGGAGUCCCUCCUGAUCCAGCAGCGAACCAACGCACUGGCCGACUCCAACGCGAAGGCUAUCGAGAAGCUCGCGAAGGCUGUCGAGAAGCAGAGGGACUCCAUCAACAGCGCGUACUGCUCCGGCGCGUUCGCGGACGUCGCCAUGUACAUCGGCAUCCAGGAGCAGGCCAUCAUCACCCGCGAGCAAAAGGCAAAGGAGAACUUCCUGUCCAACAUGCCGUGCCAGAUGAAGGUGAUGUACUACCCUUUCAGCAUCGACAACUUCCAGAACGCGCCGCCGCCCAUCGCUUACCGCGAGAGGUUCAUCGGCAUGAACAACCGCGUCCUGGCCGGCAUGUUGGUGUACGUGGAGAGGAAGAACCUGCAGGCUUGCGAUUCCAGCCGAUUCGACAACAUCGACAAGACGUGCUCCGGGGGCCGCGACAUCUCCUCCUACGGCGUCGAUCCGGUGUUCAAGAUGGGCUCCCCACUCUUCAAAGCCGAUUACCUCAACGAGCAGACGAUGCUCAGCCCCAACCUGUACAACUGCACCGAGAUGGCCAACCCGGAGGCGGGCAUCUACCCCACGUACAACAACAGCGGUAAGUGGGUGUACGAGUUUAGCGAGUGCGCGCCGCCGACGGAGAAGUGCAACAAGUGCGCUUCGGUGUUGGGCCCGGAGGUUGCGGAAGGGGAGUGCAUGGGCAAGAUUCCGGGUACCCUGGGCGUGCCGGGUAACUGCUGGAACGCGUCUUGCGUGUUUAACCCCACCGUGGGCAACAACAACUACGAGGUUUUCAACAUCAAGGGGGAAACGAUUGGCGGAUACUGCAAGGAGCUCUUCAACCCGCAGGGCACGCCCUACGGUUUCAGGCACAAGAACCUGCCCGGGUACGCGGACGGCUUCCCUUACUUCUUCGACAUCAACCUCAGCGCCGCGGAGGCCAGACGGUGGCUCGACGUCAUGAUUUACGGGCUGAUGAUUGACGACGUGAAGACGGAGAAGGUCACCGCGCAGGUGGUGGUGUACAACGCCGAGCUCGGAUACUUUGGCAACGUCAUGGUCUUCUUCGAGUUCACCGACGGCGGUAAGAUCGAGGUGUCGCACUCGGUCAACACCAUCAGGGUCGAACUUUACGAGACCCCGGAGGACUGGGGACGGUUCGCCAUGGAGUUGUUAUUGGCCGUCGGCGCGGUGUAUUCCGUGUACGAGGAGGCGAUGGAUUUCAUCAGCUCGAAGAAGAAUCACGGUAGCUACAUGGCGUAUUUCGCCUCGAUGUGGAACUACAUCGACGUCGCGUCCAUCGCGAUCCACCUGGCGACGAUCAUGAUGUGGUUCAUCUUCAGCUGGAGCCGCGCGCGCGCGUUCGAGCCGGAUAUCCACUACGACAUCUACAAGAACAUCGAGGCAUCCGCUUUCGUGACCAAGCUCAGGAUUCCGAACGAGUUCCCCGACAUGGGCGACAUGUUCCUCGAGAUGAAGAACCUGGUGGAUUACAUGCAGCUGUACAUGACGCUCUCCGGGAUCAACAUCAUCCUGAUCCUCGGACGCAUCCUGAAGCUGAUGGACUUCCAGCCGAGGCUCGGCGUCAUCACGCACACGCUGUCUCUGGCCUUCGCGGAUCUGAUGCACUUCUUUGUCAUCUUCAUCAUGGUGUUCAUGGGGUACGCGUUCAUCGGGCACGUCAUCUUCGGAUUCCAAUCCGUGCAUUUCAGCGACAUGACGCACUCGACCAACUCGCUGUUCCAGAACCUGUUGGGAGACAUCACCUACUUUUUGGAGGAUUUCAAAAACGCCACCGGGAUCACGUUCUUCGUCGGCAUGAUCUACUUUUACUCCUUCAACAUCUUCGUGUUCAUGAUCCUGUUCAACUUUUUGCUCGCGAUCAUCUGCGACGCCUUCGGAGAGGUCAAGGCGAACGCCGCGGAAUCCGUCUCCGUCGUCACCGAGCUCGUGCCGAUGCUCCGCGACUCCUGGCGAACCAUGUUCAAGGGAUGGCUGUACAAGCAGCACGUCCCGGAGGCGAGAGUCCGCAGGCAGCUUCGCAUCUGGAAGGGCGAGAACCCCGACGAGGAGGAAGAGGAGGCGUUCGACGAAGAGCCCGAGCCCGUGUUCAAGUACGGCGACAAGGAGCUCGACAUGGCGGGGUUGAAGCGGGUGUUGCGCCGGUGCGUCAUCGAGACGUAUCAGAAGACGAACGACUCCAAGUUUUUGCUCACCACGCGAGUGGGCAACUUUGGAAAGGGCAAGAAGAAGGAGACGCUCGCCACCGCCGACGAGAUCGACCGCGCGGCGAGGAUGCUCAUGGACCAGGUGGGUCAGGAGCCCGAGGACGAAGCCGAGGACGAGGCGAUGUCCGAGGUGGACCGACUGCAGCAGUCGCUGACCGACCUGCUCAGGGCGCAGGAGAGGCUCAUCACGAACCAGGUGAAGGUCAUCGAGGGGCAGGCGAGGAUGGCGGAGCGGCAGGACAGGCUGUCCAGCUUGGAGGAGAAGAUCCUGGGGGUGCUGGAGAAGCCGCCUUCGUGAGCGGGGGAUUAGGUAAACGGGAGGGCGUCCGUGGAUGGACGCCCAACACUCAUUCGAUUCUACUGUACAUUGAAAAGCUGAGGCAAAAAAAAAUUCAGAGUCA